CUUGGGAUGUGGAAUGCCUAAGACAACAGAAACCACUGACGUACCGAGCACUUCCAAAGCUUGCGGAUUUGUCGAAACCUUGGGAUGUGGAAUGCCUAAGACAACAGAAACCACUGACGUACCGAGCACUUCCAAAGCUUGCGGAUUUGUCGAAACCUUGGGAUGUGGAAUGCCUAAGACAACAGAAACCACUGACGUACCGAGCACUUCCAAAGCGCGUCCUCCGCGCAUAAAAGUAUCAAACAAAGGAUCUUGUACAUGUUUUGUAGGGAGUGAGGUUUUAUCAGAAGAUGCUAGCGGAUUGGUCGAAAUCUUUGGAUGUGGAACGCCUAAGACAACAGAAACAACCGAAGUUUCGAGCUCUUCCAAAGCUUGCGGAUUUCGCGAAUCCUUGGGAUGUGGAAUGCCUAAGACAACAGAAACCACUGACGCUCCGAGCUCUUCCAAAGAAUUUGAGAAAGCUCGAUAUUGUAUAUUACACCAGUUGCCAGCAACGACGCGUGUCACCACGAAUCCUUGUCACCAUUGUACUAAACAUUUAUCAGCCUGUAACAACAUUUUGCAUAAUCUUAAAGAAGAUUGUCUAGAUAAAUCAAUGGAUUAA